AUGAAACUAUACAUCAAAGAACAAUUAUGGAAGAUUGGAUUUCCAAAAACAACCGACAUGAAACUGUCGUCUCAACCGGUUAAGACAAAGGGUGCUCUGAAGAAAGUGAAGCAUACGCCGAAUGAUAACUUGACUACACAGUCUCCUUCUUAUUGUGAGCACGUCGACAAACUCUUUCCCGACUCACCUACUCCUAAAUCUCAAAAAAGUUCAAAAAAAGGAGCUCGCAUUAGCAAACCGUCUCUGACACCUAUUGUUCAGAAAGUUUCGACUCCGACACCUAUUGCCACAAAAAUUCCAUCAAUAGAAGAGGUAUAUAUUGCUCCAAAAAAUCCAUCAAUCGAAGAGGUGCAUAUUGCUCCAAAAAUUCCAUUCAUCGAUGAGAUGCUGAUUUUUAUGCACAAAUACAUCGACCGGAUCGUCAAUAUGGCGAGGGACAAUAAUUGCGGAUUACGUGAUGUAUCGACUUUGCUUGGUAAGGGAGAGGAUGACCAUAAGCUUGUCUGUCAUGAACUAAUCGAAGAGUUGAUGAACCAUAAAGACUCGUACACACGGGUAUUUGGAGACAAAGCUAAAUUUGAACCAGUUAACGAAGCUCUUGUUCCUUGGUUGGGCGCUUACGCGCCGAUUUCAAAAUGGAUGAGAUUCCUGGAAAUGGGACAUCUUAUUGCAUAUGCAUAUGACAUGGUAUGCAUUGACUUGACGCAUUAUGGUUUUUCGAAAACCUUUUUUCUGCUCCGCACCGCACCUCUUACAAACCCAAAUGAUCAUAUAUUAUGUGUGUUGGAUGGCUCGCAAAAUCGAAACAUUUUGUGCAAGCUUACUUGA